AUGGCUUCUUCUUCUUCUUCUUCAUAUUCUUCUUCUUUGUCCUCUCGUGCGCUCGUCUCUCAUCGCGAACAACAACAUCGCGGUUUGGCUUCGUUGGUGUCAAAGAGAACGACGGCGAGGAACGCGAGGAUUCGCAGGAAGAAGAACGUUUUUAAGAGCAGCAGUAGUAAUAAGAACAACUACGACGACGACGAGAGGGAGAAGAACAACAAGACGAAAGACCACGGCGGAGACGGUGGUGGUGGUGGUGGUGUUCCCAACAUCAACAACAACGGGAAAAGGAACACUACUCAUGGGACGACUUCUUCUUCCUCGAGCAGUGGCGGUUCUUCCUCCGAGAAACUUUCUUCUUCUUCUUCUUCGGGAGAACAGGAUAUAUAUAAUCGAAGCCGAAACAACAACAACAACGGAGGAGGAGGUGGAGGAGGAGGAGGCUUCGGAUUUUCGAAGACACUGAACGAUUUAGCUUUGAAAGCGAAAGAUGUAUUUGCCCCGGACGCGACGUCGUCGGCGCCGCCGCCGGUGGCGAAAGAUUCGACGAUGGAUCCGCUCGAGGCUAUUCUUGCCUGGCAUUUAGGUUCGUCCACGUCGACGACGUUGACGAGUCAAGAGGUUUCGGAUACGAUCGUGAACGAAGUGACGAGUUUUCCAGCGAAUAAGUUGGUGAGAGGGCAAAGUCCGUCCGUGGCGAUGCAUUUGCCGAUUCCGUUUAUUCGAGCGCACGAAAGAAAGUUUCGAGGGAGGAAAGAGCUGGCUAUGGGGAGGAAAUCGGUCAUGGAGAAAGAGAUGACGAGUGGUGAAAUCGAUGAUGUUACGAAAAUAGAUAUCGACGAUAGCAACGAUCCUUUAUUGUCAAAUUUACGAAUCGCGCUGGAGAGUUGGCAAGAGUGGUCGGCGCCCACCGUGGCGUUGGCGCUGCGAGGAGCGCUGAUGUCCGCGAGCGCUUUACGAGCCGCCAGUGGUUUGAGCGGAAAAGGGAGGAGAGAAGGCGAGACGAUGACAGUUUUGUUACCGAGCGAAGGUUUAGGUAGGAGCGAUUUGAAAAAGUGUUUUGAUUUGUUGUGGCCAGACGCGCCGUUUAAUUUCGAGAGUUACGGGAACAACAUGGUGGACGCGUUAAACGAAGAAGAAGAAGAUGUUGUGGUUGAGAUGAAUCAAGGCACGAAAGACGCGUUGAGUGAACGCAAACGAGGCGAAAAGAAAAUGGUCGUGUUAAUACACUUUGCCGCGCCUGGAAACGAUAACGCCUCAGAAUCCGACGGCGAAGCGAUGGUCAAAUGCGCGGAGACGUUGUUGGAAAAGAACGUGCCUUUCGUCGCAUUAACGAUUUGGCUCGACGACUCUUUAGCCAAAGCCGUGCAAUCCGGGAAACCGAAAAAGGAAGAGAAGGAAAACUUGAAGCAACGAAUGGAAAAACGAACUCGCAUUUUACUCGGACGGUCCGUCAAACGCGUCGAGGCGAAGAAGAAAGUCGAUCGCGCGUUUGCGUUGGCCAAGAACGAUCCGACGGGAAGAUCUCUCGUCGCGUUGGAGGAAGCCAUUCGCGAGGCGCAAGCUGUAGGAGCGGUCGCCGAAGACGGCGAGCAGAUGUUACGCGACGUUCGUUUGAAAGCGCUCGCGAUGGAGGAAGUAAGUUUAGCGAACGCUUUGAAAUCGCAGUGCGUGGCGGUGCCGAUGGACGAACAGAGGUUAGUCGCGACGUUAGAACGCGCGAGGAAGAUUUUACGGCAAAGUUUAGAGUUGGAGAAGGAAAAGGCGCAGUUGUCGAAAAUGGUCAAGGAAAGAAAAAGAAAACAGAUGCUGAGGAACAAACGGAGAGAGGAACGUCGAGCGGACCCAUUUAGCAGCGAUGAUGACGAUGAAGACGUCGAAUUUUCCAUCGACGAAGAAGACGAAGAAAUGACAACCUCGUCCUCUUCCACCUCUUCUUCUUCGUCGUCGUCGGCGUCUUCUGCCACAUCGGAAUCCGUGGAUGUCAGUCAAUCGGACGACGACGACGACGAUGAUGAUGAUGAAGACGAAGGAAGAAAAGAAAAAAUGGUGGUGUCGUCGUUCGAUGCCGAUCCGUUUGUGAGUAACGAUUCGUCCGUAGCGAGCGCGAAAGAGCGAGACGGUGUGAUGGUCAAAGAAAGUUCUCCUGAACGCGAGCAAUUAGCAACGGCGAUUAAGUUAGCCGAGUUUGCGCUCGAAGCGAUCGCUUUAGAAUCCGAUAUGCGGAAAACCUUAGCCGACGAAGCGUCGCGAACGUACGAUUCGAUUCCAACUUUAGAAAAUUUGUUACUUCGCGCGACAAAUUUAGCCUCUUCGGGUUUACCUUUGACGCAAGAAGGUGCGGCGAAGUUGAACGCGUUGGUUUCCAGAGUUCAGUCGAGAACGACCGCGUUGCAAGAGAUGGAAGGCGUCAAAGCCGGUCUCGUGGAAGCGUUGGAGCUGAACUUACGCGGCGGCGAUUUAGCCUCUGGCGGCGUCGCCGAAUUGGACGUCAUGAAACUCGAAGAAGCGAUUCGAAGAGCGAAAGCCUCGGCGUGGCCGUGGAAAUUAGAAGAAGAAGUCGUCAAAGCGACAAUCGUGCUGGAAAAAUGGCAAUCGUUGCGAAGAGUUGAGGAUGCGAUCGCUUCGAGAUCGAAACGAAACAUCAAACUCGCCAUCGAAGAAGCCGAGGCGAAAUUCACAGCCGAGGAAGAUAAGAUUGAUUUGCGAAGAGCGAAAAUUGCUCUGGAAGAACUCGAAGCCGAAGAUGCGUUGGAAGGCGGUGAUAAGCGUUUGAAGGCGUACUUCAUGGCAUCGAAAGUUGCGUGGCAAAGCGGAUCGGUCACCCCGGAAUCCGCGCAAAUGCUCGCGACUUUGCGCGAAUCCUUGGAAAUUACCGCUGCGGAGCACGAACAAGUACAAAGAAUGGCGAAUGCAAGUUCCUCGUUAGGCGCAGAAGAAAGUAACAAGAAGAAAGCCCAAGAUCUCGCGACGUUGAAUUCUAUGCGACAAAGAACAGAACGCGUCCGGUUCGAUGCCAUGGCGGGUGUCGGUGUACGCGGUCCAGUUUUUGAAAGCAACAGCAAAGACGAAGCUGGAAGUUCGGGCGUAUUUGAAGCGAUGACGCAAGAAGAAGAAGAAGCGAUUCGAGUGUGGGCGUCUGCUAUUCCAGACGACGACGGUGCCGGAGAAGCGGCCGGCUCGUCCGAGUUCAACGACGAAAAAACCAAUAACAAUAGCACGAGCGGCGCAGAUUCGUCUGCGACGACGUGGCGUAAAGUUGGCGAUUCCAUCAUUUACAACGAAGAAGAGGUUAUCGGCGUUGGUUCUGCUGGCACGUACGUGUUUAGAGGCUACGUGCGACACACGUCUCGCGCGAGACACGCGGUCGCGGUAAAACGCAUCGCCAGACCUCCGGGAAAGAAAGGACGAGAAUUGGUCCGAUUAGUCGAACGCGAAGUCGAAUUGAUGACUGCGUUGAACCAAUCGCCGAAAGUACCAUUCUUCCACUGUUGGGGAAUUACAAACUCAAACGUGUUCAUCGCGUUAGAGUUGUGUCCAGAAUCUUUGCGCGAACACGUCAGUCGACAAAACGCAACUUUAGGAAUCGACAAACGCGUCGGAUUGUUGAAAGGCGUCGCCGGCGGCAUCGAGUGGCUCCACGACGCCUCCAAACCACAAGGAUGCAUCACGCACAACGAUCUGAAACCAGAAAACUUGUUGGUGACGGCGAAUGGCGAGGUGAAAAUCGCUGACGUUGGUUUAGGCGUCAAGUUAUCGAAAGAAUCGAGGAACGGGUCGAAACACGAUCAAUAUUCCUUGUCCACGUUUAACAAAUACGGGGUGUCCAUUUUGCUCGCCGGAAGAGCGCCGGAGAUUUUACAACGGAAACCGUUAACGCCUGCCGCAGAUAUAUGGGCCAUGGGCGUGUGCUUCUUUUUCGUGCUGACCGGCUUAUCCUCUCCGUUUGGCUUGGAUCCAAACAAACAACCGUCGGACGAAGACAUCAUCGCUGGGAAGCGAAAUCUUCAAAUUCUCAUGCGAACGCCUGGAUUAAGCCCGCGGCGUCAAGUGGAAUCGAGACACCUGUUAUCGGCCAUGUUAGACCCGAACCCGAAAGUUCGACCGACUGCCUCGGAAGUGUGUGCACACCCUCUGUUGUGGAAUAACCAACAAACCAUGCUUCGCGUGCGCGUGUUACACGAACGCGGCGCAUCCUCGGGUAACCAAUCGUUGACGAGCGUCUUAGAUAAACUCGCGACGUCGGCGAUGUUACAUCAAGGCAGUUCUGCGGGCAGUAGCGAUCGUGGGGCGCUUUUGAUGGCAGUAAACAUGGAUUCCACGGACUGGCAACGCAGAAUCGAUUCGAAAAUUCUCGAGCGAGUAUUGAGCCACGCCGCGAAUUCGAAUCGCAAGAAGAUGAAGAGUAACGUCAACGGCGACCACCUGCACAACAACAAGAAACCUACCAACAACAUCGGUAGUUCGGCGACGAUCACGUCCGCAGCAACCGUCCAAACUGAAGCUAUUGGAGUUAAACCGUACGGGAACAACUUUGCCGAUUUGUUGCGAUUCUGUCGAAAUGCCUACGAACACCCGCCGAACGAAAAAGAAAUGAUUGCGAUGAUUGACGCAUUAGUGGAAGCCCGGAAUUUUGGCGAGGCGAUCGAUUCGUUGCCGGAUGGACUUUUAGAAAAAACGAAUCUCAAGCGCGCGUCGAGAGCGGAGAGGAAGGCGUUGUUGGCGGCGUACUUGAUGCAUUUGUUCCCCGGGUUGGCGUUAGCUGUGCACGAGGUAUCUUUGGCUACGGAAAAUAUUGCGAUCAACAGAUGA